AUGUCCGAUUCCCCACGAACCGAAAGGUCACAGACGCGUUUCAGUACGCCUGUUAACGAACUAGACGACCAUCGCAACCAACCACAAUCGUUGCCCCUCGCCGUUGAGUCCAGCCCGCGCCAUCCCGGAACGCGCCGAGGAACCGUUGCGACGAUUGCGAGUGCAAAUAAUGAAUCCCACAACCCUGAUCUCCUAGCUGUAAACGAAAACUUGCGACAGCAUGGACUGAUCUCCCGGGACUUUGAAGAGAGUGCCGUUGUUGACGACGAUACCCCGCUGUCUGCAUAUGCUCGACGUGGAUCAGCUGCGAGCCCAACAGCCCGAAGGAACACCUUCCGUCGUCCCCGCGACCCUGAUAUGCCGCCUCGAUCAAGAGGGAGCUCUCACGCGUCUCGUUCUGAGUCGCCGCCCAAUUCUGUUGAUGCUUUUGCAACUGAGCGACAGCGGCCACGAGCUGGGACGGCAACGAGUGGACGCUCCAAUAUCGACCUGCCUCUCCAUCGUACAGUCUCUGGUGGUACUCAUGAGAGACGCCCGACCUUCAGUUGCGAUGAACGACCUCUGCGUUGUGGAACCGAUGUUUCGUCUCUGCACAGCGGAGCCGAAGUCGACGUCUGCUUUCCUGUUCGUGAAGAUGCUGGUAAAACGUACCAGAUCGACUACGAAGAAUUAGAGGAGUUCGUCGCCGAAAGUCAUCUAAAAACACCCAUCAGGCAAUUGACCCGCCAUGCCAGUAACGCUUCUCGCACGUCCAAGCGUACUUUCAAUGACCUUCGUGCUAUUCGGCAAGUGCCAACGAUUGUCACACCUGAUAUGGCCAUUGAUGUUCCAGAUUACGUAGACAAAGAGACAGGUUCCAUCAAAGGAUCGCGAGCACCAUCUACUGCUGCUAAACAGUCCAUAGCCGAAACGCCUAAUCGGUGGACUUUCUUUUCCUCUGAGUUGGACGAUACCAUUCACGCAGCCGAACUUGGAGAUCUUCUCAUGCCGGGGGAGACUUUCCGUGAUCUCUUUGAGCUAUCGCCAGACGGUGGAGUAUGGUGGCUUGAUAUGAGCAACCCGACCGAAGAGGAAGUGUUUGCUAUAUGCAAAGCCUUCGGAGUCCAUCCCCUGACUCGUGAAGACAUCACUACACAGGAAGCUCGCGAGAAGGUCGAGCUGUUCAACAGAUACUACUUUCUCUGUUUCCGCUCCUUCGACCAAAACGAUAAGACGAGCGAGGACUACCUUGAACCUGUCAACGUGUAUGGAGUUGUUUUCCGAGAAGGCCUAUUGACAUUCAGUUUCACGGCUAAUCCACACGCUGCCAAUGUACGCAAGCGCAUCAGUCGUCUUCGCGACUAUGUUUCACUCAGCUCCGACUGGAUCUGCUACGCGCUCAUCGAUGACAUUGUCGAUCAUUUCGCCCCAGUCAUCAAGGAUGUCGAAGACGAAACGGACGCCAUUGAAGACUCUGUAUUCAUCGCCCGGGCGGAGGACUCUCGCGAUAUCUUGAGGAGCAUUGGAAAUGCUCGCAAGAAGGUCAUGACUCUGCUUCGAUUGUUGGGUGGCAAGGCCGACGUUGUCAAGGGCUUUGCUAAGCGCUGUAACGAAAAGUUUGAGGUCACCCCGCGAGGCGAUGUUGGACUCUACUUGUCGGACAUCCAGGACCACGUUGUAACAAUGAUGUCGAACUUGGGACAUUUCGAGAAAAUGCUGUCGCGAAGCCAUGGCAACUAUCUCGCCCAGAUCAAUGUCGAGUCGGCCGCACAGGGCAACGAAAUCAACAAGACGCUGGGCAAAGUCACAUUGAUCGCGACGGUCCUCGUUCCGCUCAAUUUGAUCUGUGGUCUGUUUGGUAUGAACGUCCCAGUGCCCGGCAUGAACUCGGAUAGUCUAGGCUGGUUCUUUGGUAUCCUUGGCGUCAUCUUGUUCUUUGUGGUCUCGUCCUUGGCGACUGCGCGGCGAAUGAGGCUCAUCUAG